UUAUUACCGUAAAGUGGCGCUUCGAUAAUUACAGAAGGAAGAUGUGGAUGCACUGACGAAGUUUUGUAAACUUUUCCCAUUUGCAGAAUGUGUGUCUUUUGCAGGUAACAGGUAUCGAAGGAUCGUGAAUUUAGAUGUAUUUUAAGCAAUGGAUGCAUCGACAACGUUCGUAGAAGAGAUCGAUUUUAAAGAAAUAACAUUAGAUAAAGUAGUUGGUAAAGGCACAUAUGGUUUAGUAAGAAAGGGAAAAUGGAGAGGAAAGGAUGUUGCAAUAAAACAGAUGGAGACGGAAAAUGAAAAACAAGCAUUUUUUAUUGAGGUUUGUUUAGUUAUGGAAUUUGCAGAAGGUGGAUCAUUAUAUAACGUUUUACAUUGCUCACCUCAAGUAGAAUACACUGCAGCACAUGCAAUAAGUUGGGUAUUACAAUGUGCUAGAGGAGUAGCAUAUUUACAUAAUAUGAAACCUAAAGCCCUCAUUCAUCGUGAUUUAAAACCUCCAAAUUUAUUACUUAUAAUGGGUGGUACGAUAUUAAAGAUCUGUGAUUUUGGAACUGCCUGUGAUCAACACACAGUUAUGACAAAUAACAAAGGAAGUGCUGCUUGGAUGGCUCCAGAAGUGUUUGAAUGUUGCUCUUAUAGUGAAAAAUGUGAUGUGUUUAGUUGGGGAAUUAUUCUUUGGGAAGUUCUUACAAGAAGAAAGCCUUUUGAUGAAAUUGGAGGACCAGCAUUUCGUUUAAUGUGGGCUGUACAUAUUGGGCAGAGACCUCCUCUAAUUGAAGGAUGUCCAAAACCACUUGAAGAAUUAAUGACAAGAUGUUGGUCAAAAGAUCCAAUUAAAAGACCCUCAAUGUCUGAAAUAGAAGAACAAUUAGAAGAACUGUUUCAGUUUUUUAAGAAUGGAGCAGAUGAACCAAUUAUUAAUUCAUCACCAGAUGUUUAUGAUACCACAGAUGAUGAAUCCAUACAAGUUUCACAGGAAGAUCCUCUGCAUUUAGAAAAAAGUCAAGCCCAAGAGGAACUAAUAAUUGAAAGCAGCAAUAAAGAACCUUCACCUCUUGCAGUGGUUUCUCCAAAAAUCAUUCCACCACGUCCAUCACGUACAAGUGCUCCAGCAUCACUCUCUAGCAGCCAAGAGAAUUUAAGAGGUGAAUUAGUCAAAAAUUUCUUUCAAAUAAUUAUCAUGUUGUGUUAUAUAAAAUAUUUUAUCUUUAUAGAUAAAAGUCAUCACAGAACAGGUUCAGGUUCCUUUAUUAUAAAAGAAACAUCACAACAAAAUGAAUUUCUUAACCAAUCAAUUAGAGAUGUAAAUAUUCAGAAUACUGACCGGACAUCAUCUUCACAUCCUAAAGAACAGGUUUUACCUCAAGAGUCACCAGACAUGCCCAGAAGAGAAUCAUGGUCUUUUUCUUCAGGUUAUAAUAAUGAUGGAGAUCCUUCAGAUUGGAAUGCAUAUUUAUUAUUAGAACCAAAACUCCAGCCUUUACCACCUGCACCAUCAUCAAAGGAAUCAGUAGAAAUUUUUGAAACUCAUAAAAAAAUGGCUAAGGAAUAUUUACAUGUACAAACAGAAAUAAAAUUACUAGCUCAAAGGAAGUAAGUUAAU